AUGUCGUAUAAAUGGUCACCUCCGUGUACUCAGUACUUCCUAACCAGGCAAGUCUAUGCACCUUUCAUCGUGCAGAGGUUAGAUCUAUGGGAAACCAAGCAAGAUUAUGGGCCACUUCUGUCCUGUGCUCAAGAUCCCUACUCCACCUACUGGAAGGAAGCUACCAGGCGUCAGUGGUUCUACCUAUCAGCUUGCUUCGACAAACACAACUCGGACUCUCUAGAAUGUCGCUGGAGUGACCUGAAGCUGACUCCCAAUCUCCACUGGGAUGAUUACAUCACUCAGUUUGAGGUGGUGGCAUCCCAACUUGCUCAAGCCAGGGGAGUCAACGCUCUUACUCAAGCUGAACUCCGGGCCCAUCUCUACCUAUCUCUCCCCAAGGCGCUACAAGCUCAUUGUGUCCAGCUCGGCUACAACGUGGGAGAGAAGCGGAUGGACUACGAUGGUCUCGUUAAUACCUGUGCUGGUUGGUGUGAGCUCAAUUGGCAAACUCUUGCGCCCGCAGCAGGCACGGCCACAGUCAACAACGUCGCUCUGGCAUCUGUCCCUUCUGCGGAAUCGUGCACUCCUCAAGUAAUCACUUCUUCCUCUACUACGACCCAAGAGAACCAACAGAAGACCGACAAGAAAACCCGACCGACUAGACCAUCUACACCCUAUCGUCAGAGAAUCAAGGACGAUUCUUCCAUCCUCAAUGAUGAGUACAACAUCAAGAUACUCUCCAGUCGCUGCCAAAGAUGUCUGUCCGAGUCGCAUGACACCAUAGCGUGCUGUGAAGAGCUCACAAAGAAGGAUGAGAGAUGCUACUACUGUGGCCUCAUCCACCAUCACUCACGCCACUGCCCUGCUGGUCACGACAACUAUCGAGGUCGCAACUGCGAGCGUUGCAACAAGGUCAAUCAUGCUGCUCGCGCAUGUCGUCGAUAUCGACCCGGUGCCGCACCCGUUGCUGCUGCAAUCCCUUCGACUGGCGUGCCGAAAUCUGCAUCGACGACUGGUACUCCACCACUGAGUUUUAUCAACCUCUAUGUCAACCACUCAAGCGGUCAUACACCGGCCCUGGUCGACUCCGGAGCGGCUGUAUCGGUGGUCAGCAGCUCGGCCGCAGCAUCUCUCAACCUCACAGUUAGCAGAGCCGACCUUCGGAUACGCCUAGCUGAUCUCUCUGAGACCCCUGUCCGCGGUGUUGCGAAGUCGGUCCCUAUAUCCUUUUCCAAUGGUAGCCGUUGCACUGAAGACCUCUACGUGCUCGAUGGCUGUGCUCACCAGCUCAUACUAUCGGUAGGGCUUCUAAGAAGACUGAAGGCCAUCUGGCAUUUGCACGAUAACUACAUCGUUUUCGGUGACAACGAGGAUGGCCAGCCGAUCUCUAUGGUGAGCAUGCCCAAGCCUAGGAAUGAGCCAUCAAGUCCAUCUGUGUAUUCUAGCACAGUCGCUGAGCUAUGUAACAUCAUGGUUUCUGAAGCACGGUCAACCCAAAGGGGCACAUGCUGUGAUGUUGACACCUCCGAGUCAAACACCAUAACUCUGCCCCAAGAUGUUUGGGAGACUUUGGCACUCUCCUUCUUUCCCGAACCUCGAGAAGACGACUCCAGCCCCACUAAAGGUCUCACUCGGUCUCAAACCAUCGACGCCUUCCGGGAUCAGUUCACUGACCAAAGGAGCUCCGAGAAGCACGGAAAUGACCUAUUCGACUUCUCCAUCGACCCCCCAUCUGAUACUGCUCCUCGGGGACGGUUGCACUGCAAAGUCCCAUGGCGUGAUGCGGCGAGACCGUCACCUAUCCACAACCAAUCUGCAAUCAAAAGAGAUUGCAUCGUUAUGGCCAGGCUCACCGAUGCGGAGGCUUCAAGCUACCACCAGGUGGUGAACGAUCUGUAUACUCUCGGCUUCGUCGUCCCUGCACGUCUCCAGAGUACCCCUGACACCGAGCCUUCUACUGUCAUGUAUACGGACCAUAGCCUUCCACCGGUCUCUACGCUAAUACCGGCAUUUCCGGUUUUCCGAAAGUGCUCAAAGACCUCGAAGACGAGGUUGGUGUUGGACUGCAAGUAUCACAACGGCUUCCUCAGAAGUGGUCGACAAGCCAACGACACUACCUAUCCGGAGACGUUAUGGGCUAAUCUAGCGCUGAGCCGUACGGCGAAGGCCAUGGUGGUCGAUGAUAUCUCCAAAGCCUAUCAUCAAAUCAAGCUUGGUGACGCUUUGGAUCGACGUCACUUUGGAAUGAUGGCGUGUGGCCGAGUGGGAAUGUGGGUCUCUACUUGUUCCGGUGCAACGUAUUCUCCAUCAGCCCUGCUGCAAGCAAACAAGGCGGUUCUUACCUUGAGAGAUUUCGAGUCCGGCCACAUCACUCGUGACCAAGCUCUCACCGAUCCUGUCUGUCGAUCUCUGAUCUCUCAGUUCGAGGGGAAUUUGAAGUUAGGUUCUCUGACAUUGAACCAUGGAGACGUUUCCGGCAAGAACAGCGCCACAAGUAACAAUGGCCAAGACCCUCUCCUCAAGCACACCGCCAUCUACGUCGACGACGGUCAGACUCGAGGCAAAACGAAGGAAGUCGCCCUGAAAAGGGCCAACUUCUUCACUGCCACUCAGUCUGGUCAUGGCUUCCACUCCAAUGUGCCAAAGCGCAGCAGAAGCUGGGGUCCGAUCACAAGUACCAAGUAUCUCGGUUACGGCUGGCAGACAGGUGAUGAAAGUGAUCAGCUCUCCCCCACUUUCAGAGUGCCCGAGGCCUUUGACCUCGAUAAUCCUCCUUCGACUAUCACUCGGCGCCAACUAUUCAGUCUCUGCCAAGGUCUAUAUGACCCCCUUGGUCUGGCCUCAGAGUACUCACUCUGCUUAAGACUCUUCAUGGCCACUUACUACACCGUCGAUGUCACCAACCACGCUGGCAAGCCGCCCAAUCUAUGGGACAUCGACAUCGACCCUGAAGGUGCUGCUAAUGUGCUCAGUUUCUGUCGCGCCCUCACCACUGCGGAUCUACUCUAUCCUCGGUUCGCCGACAUCAGCAACAUGAUGGUCUUCACCGAUGCCAGUGUCACUGCUGGUCAUGCUACCAUACUCUGUCCGACGACCGAUUCCGAGGGUAGCGUUUUUUACCACAAACUGGUUGGCAAGGGACGUCUCUGGUCUACUCGAACUAGUCAAGCUCGUUGGUCUAUUCCCAAGAAGGAACUCGUUGCCUUUUUCGACGGCCUCACCCUUGCGACAUCUCUCGUAACCCUGUACUCGAAGUUUGCAAUCGAGACCCCAAUAAAAUGUCUAUCCCUCUACUGUGACUCCGAAGCUCUACUGUACCGUCUCCGACGUGCAUCAAAGGGCGAUUUCGGAAAGACACUCUCUAACUUGGAAAAAAAGGCUCUGAAGAGAGGUCUGGUCGAUCUCAACCACAUAGCAACUACACUUCGAGUCCCAGUCACAACUUACCACAUCGAAGGUGAAGCCAACCCCGCUGACACUGGCUCUCGGCCCAAGAUCAACGGUCAACUACCUAGUCCCCUCGAGGACGCAGUCAUCGAGAAAGGUAUCAACGCCGCCCAUGCCAAGAAUCUCUCGUAUGUCUACACGCUGGAGGCGACUCCAGUAACAGACGUCCUAUCCUACGACACCAUCUCGGUGGCUAAUCAUUUCAACAAUGAUCAGUUGCUCAAGUUUCAGCAGGAAGACGGCCGCGCAAGAGCCAUCGUGGACACUCUCAAUUCUACACCUUCAGCUGAAGUUGCCCAUAACCUGAGACUAUAUCACAUCUGUCCUGAUAGUGGUCUACUUCUUUAUAGUGGUGUCAGCGACAGCAAUGGAGGAACUGCAUGUCGACCAGUCCUGCCACGCGGUCAAGGAUGUGAUGAGGUAUUAUCCCUCCUACACGACAAGCUCGGGCAUGACAACGCCCCAAAACUGAGAUCCCUCUACAACGAGGCCUUCUACACUCCUAAGUUGCGUAUAGCUCUACUUCGUCUACUGAAGACAUGUCACGUCUGCCAGCUGGCCAAGAAGCAGUCUGGGUACAAGAAGCGAGCUGGCUGCGUGCGCCCAGCGCAUCUAUGCUUUGACAUCGGUCAAGUUUGGUGUCUUGACCAUGCUGGUCCUUACCGUUGCCCGGUAUCCGGCGAGAAAAUAUGGGUCCUAACCUGCUGCGAUCCGGUAUCGGGCUUCCUUCUCUAUGAUAACACUACAUCUCCAACGGCCUCUUCCAUAUGCUCAUCCCUCAUCAAGCUGUUUUCCAUUGUGGGCGACCCUGCUUGCAUCACUGUUGAUGCUGGGUCAGCUAUGACCAGCCGUGCAGUCGAAGGGUUCUGUGUGACGAGGUCAAUCGCCUUCACAGUUUUCCCUCGCCAGUCAAAGUUCAUCGCCGCUGUCUACGAGAGAGGUCAUGGGCUCCUACUCAGUCAAUUAAGACACCGGCUACUACAAGAAGAGGAUCAGCCACGACCUUUACCGGACACAAUCGCCGAAGCCGUGUAUGGCAUAAACUGCUCUCCACGCCACGAUUUGGGUACAUUAUCCGCCUUCCAGCUCUUCUACUGCCGUCGACCUCGACUACUCGCUCCGGCGGAGGAACUUGAGGAUUGGUCUCGAGCCAAGCUUGAGAAUUGGAUACCCAGCAUUACCGAAGGCCAGCCUCCAACAAUGUCCUCCGAACUAAAGGCCAUCUACGAUGACUUACAGGAGCGUCGCACCCGGAGCCUACUCGACUUCUUCACACUGGUCAAGGAGGCAAAGGACCGUAUCCGAGCAAGGGCAUCUAAACUUCCCCAACAGUCUGGUUUCAAGGCUUUCGACAUUGGCUCUCUGGUUCUGCGGCUUGUACCUCCACCGCUCAAGCAGGACGUCUCCUGGAGAGGCCCCUACAGAGUUGUCGCCGUCUCUGAUGACCAGCUCCUCUACCGUUUGGAAGAUGUCAAGACCGGUACUCAGCUCAAGUUCCAAGAAUGCUACUUCAACCUCAAGCAGUACCAUGCCAAGAAUCCCGUCCUCGAGUCCCUUCCAGUUCCAACUGUUCAAGAUGGUUCCACUCUGAAUCUAACGGAUGGCGAUCUUUACUGCUUCCGGUGGAUCGACGGGCACGGAUGCGAGCAUCGAGACUUUGGCCUAUACGACUCUGAUUUGAAGAAGAUGGUACUGAGGAAAGUCCACAUCGACGGUUCCAUCGAGAUCUUGACCGACUUCAUCGAUCAGCAAUAUGUCUGCGACGUCGAUAUCCACUACGAGUGUCCACUCCGUAUGACCAGAUCGAUCAAGAACCGUAUCAUCAAGUACAUCGAAGGUGGUAACCUGUGUGAUGCUGAUUAG